AUGGCGGGUUGGUUCUCAUCGGCCUCACCGCUCGAUGAGCAGGUUGAGCGCGCCACCGCGUCGUCUCUCGAGGAUAUUGCUCUAAACCUAGAGAUAUCAGACCUCAUUCGUUCUAAGAGCGUACAGCCAAAAGAUGCCAUGAGAUCGUUAAAGCGGCGGCUGGAAAACAAGAACCCCAACAUCCAGAUAGCGACUCUAAAGCUCACCGAUACCUGUGUAAAGAAUGGCGGGACCCAUUUUUUGGCGGAAAUCGCAUCACGAGAGUUUAUGGAUAACCUUGUUUCGCUCCUUAAAACGGAUGGAGUCCCGCUGAAUUCCAAUGUGAAGGAGACGAUGCUGGAGCUGAUACAAGACUGGGCUAUGGCGGCUCAAGGGCGCAUGGAUCUGAACUACUUGGGCGAAACGUAUCGGAAACUGCAGAACGAGGGCUUCCACUUUCCACCAAAGACUGCAAUUAGUGGGAGCAUGCUCGAAAGCAACGCGCCUCCGGAAUGGAUAGACUCUGACGUCUGCAUGCGCUGCCGUACCGCCUUCAGCUUUAUGAAUCGCAAGCACCACUGCAGGAAUUGCGGAAACGUCUUCGAUGCGCAAUGUUCCAGCAAGACCCUUCCUCUACCUCAUUUGGGCAUUCUACAGCCUGUCCGUGUCGAUGAUGGGUGCUACGCCAAGUUGACCUCGAAGCCAUUCACCCAAGGCGCCGUAGCCGAUCGAUCGUCCUUCAAGAAUAACUCGAUCACGAAAUCAAACUCGAUGGAACCCCGCGCAGCUAGGGCAGAGACUGGUUUUGAUGAAGAUUUGCGCCGAGCCUUGCAGAUGAGUCUAGAGGAGGCUCAGAAUAUAUCUUCGAGCGGUUAUGUUCCACAACCUAAGCCUGCUCAAGGGCCUACAAAACCGGCGGCGCAACCCAGUACUAACGAAGAAGAGGAUGCGGAUUUAAAAGCCGCGAUUGAGGCAUCGCUUCGUGACAUGGAACAACACAAGCAAAAUCAUGCGGCUGCACUCAAGAACUCCGCGCCCAAUUUGUCUUCCAGUGAAACCCCAGUUGCGACAUCCUUGCCCAAGAAUCCGUACGAGCUUAGCCCUGUCGAGGUAGAGAACAUCCACCUCUUCUCUACACUGGUCGACCGUCUUCAACACCAACCACCAGGGACCAUUCUUCGCGAGCCUCAAAUCCAGGAAUUGUACGAAAGUAUUGGAGCGCUUCGACCCAAAUUGGCCCGCAGCUAUGGUGAAACUAUGAGUAAACAUGAUACUCUCCUUGAUCUGCAUGCUAAGCUGUCUACGGUGGUGCGGUAUUAUGACCGCAUGCUUGAAGAACGGCUGUCCAGCGCUUAUUCUCAGCACACCUUAGGAUACGGAUCAGUACCCGGAGGAGCUUCAUACCCAAAUGUAUAUCCAUCAAUGCCCUCGAAUACAGCCAGCGGGAAGCCGGGCGCCGAGAAUUUUUACUACGGAAAUGCUGGCACGGACCAGCCGGGGCCUAAUCAUACACCUUAUUCCCAACCCCAGCCGGAACGAGAAAGCAGUACGACAAGUCCUGCAAUGCAUCCGCACACUCCACAGACUGUGACCCCCAGCCUACAGUGGAACCAGGGCAACCAACCGAUCACAUCGCCCCAAACAAACACAAGCAACACGUAUCAAAAUCCCGCUGCUUAUCCUGGCUCGGGAGCGCCGUCACAAUUCUAUACUUCCCCAACAUAUCAAGAAUCCGAAAAGGCGGAGUUUCAGCAACCAAGACACGGGGAAGGUGAAUCACCUUAUCAACAGUCGCCAGUAACGAGACGCCAUUCAUACUAUCAAGCUGCAGGUUUCCCAUCUAACUCGGCAGAGCAGACACCGCCUGUCGACUAUGGACCUUCGUCAGUGUAUGCGCAGUCGCCACAGCAGUCUGGCGGUCAGUCGGCUCCCCAACCCCAGCAUCAAACCCAACCAGCAGAGCCAUCGAGCCAGUCAUAUUAUCUUCCGCAGCAGCAGCAGCAGCAACAGCAACAGCAACAACAGCCCACGCAAGGCGGGGGCUAUCAAGGAUAUCCUCAAGGAAACAUUGGCUAUCAAGUACCUUACGGCGGUGACGUCUCUCCUAUCAGCGCGCCCGGGCCCGCGCAGUAUCAGCCGCCAGCACCGUCCCGACCUGUUGUUGAGGAGAGUUUGAUUGAGCUGUAA